GUCAAGCUGGCGAUGAUCAGCCCCCUCCGCUCUUGCCUGAGACGUUACUGUGAGGCACUUCGUUUCCGGAGGUGAAGCAGAAGUGGACAGUUUCCUUUUCCAGCUCCGGACGGCGACUAUUCCCACUAAUCGUCAUGGCAAGCAACGCGUCGGACUAUUCCGACUCAUCAACCACCAGGUGCUGACUCCUGGUCUGCAUAGUUGACAUUAGUUUGACUGUCGGAGCCUUCAACUUCUACCUUCCAAACCUUUUUGCUGUGUGUCUCGGAGGUCAAAGACAGCGCUCUAUUAACGUGGCCCCUGCCGGUCCAGUCAGUUGUUGCCCCAGCAUCCGUAAGAAUGGAUUUCGAAAGUACGUUCACGCCGGAUUUCGAGGUGGAGGAGACAUCAUUCAUUGUGCCUGAUCCAGAGAUGAGUGGCGCUUCACCAAAUGUCGAGGAAGAGGUUUUGGAGGUCAGAGUAUCGGAUGCUCUUUACACUGAGUUGGAUGUUCCACUCGGAGUGCUGCGCGAAAGGAAUGCCCGACGCGAGCGCCAUCGACCCGUAACGGUUUGGGAUAGACUUGGGCCUGCCAGGGGAGCGGCUGUUGAGUUGAGUAAUGAAGAAGAGGAGGAGGAGGAGACGACUGCAAGGUUCAACCGGUUCGAGCGUGAGCGGCCCGAGCCUGAGAUCUACGUGAUCCCCGAGGAAGAGCCAGAAGAGGGGGAGGUUCUCGACAAUGGAGCAGGCGAUCCCUGUGUGAGAAAAUCUCAACGUGGAAGAGUCACUUCAGGGACAGGGCGCCAUGUCCCUGCUAAUGCAGGAGCUCCCGCCGUUCCUGAAGUCCCUUCAGGUGCUGGGGUUGCAACAGCCCCUUCUGCUCGAGCUAUCCCUGGGCGUGUUGCCCAUGUACCAGCCCCUGGGCGUGUUGCCCAUGUUCCUGGUUCAUCGUCUCGUGGACAUCGUACAGCUCAUGUUCCUGCUUCCUCUUCUCGAGGACAUCAUACUGCUCCAGUUCCUGCUCUGUCAGUUUCUGAUGAGCCUGCUGUUGCUUCUGGUUUCUCUUCUCGAGGACAUCGUACCGCUCAUGUUCCUGGUUCAUCGUCUCGUGGACAUCGUACAGCUCAUGUUCCUGCUUCCUCUUCUCGAGGACAUCAUACUGCUCCAGUUCCUGCUCUGUCAGUUUCUGAUGAGCCUGCUGUUGCUUCUGGUUCAUCGUCUCAUGUUCCUGCUUCCUCUUCUCGAGGACAUCAUCCUGCGCACGCUACUGGACGAAAUCGGGGUGGUUCAGGCUCUCGAGCUGGAGUCUUACCGAGGAGGCCUAAACCACGUACCAGUGACGAAAAAUUGAAAGAGUAUCGUCGUAAUUUGAAGGAAAAGUAAAUCUCAGACUUGUCGUUUAGACGUUUUUUUAAGUGAUUGUGACAUUUGCAGUCAAGUUGUUUAGAC